AUGGCAGGUCUUCGAACACUCGCACUGGCAGGAAUUUUGCUAGCAAGUUUUCUCUAUUCCAGAAUCGGCCUGUUGUCGACUUUCUACUAUAAUCAUCCCUCACGCCUUCAGAAAGUGAAUAGGCCAGGGAACAUAGAGAUCAAUUUCAGUGAUGACGUUCGCAACUGCGAAGAUGUACUCGUCAAUGAAGAAGAGGCUUGGAUGCUGUUGAGCUGCGAUCCUGGGCGAGAUGAGUGGAACACUGUCAUGGGCACGUUCGUAAACCACACAGCACCACCAGAGACAGGCCUUUACAUUUGGAAGUAUACCGAAGCUGGAGCAAAACCAUCACAGCUAAAGUUGCUGCCCUUCGAGAAUGGCCACCCUGACUUUCAUCCGCUUGGUAUUGGGUAUCACGCCCCGACCAAGACCAUCUUCGUCGCCAAUCACGCUUCGCGAAAUUCUCGAAUCGAGCUAUACAGGCUUGACGUGGCCCAAGGAGAAGCCACGCUCUUCGCUGCGGUGGAGAACCCAAGACUAGCCGCCCCGAACUCGAUUGCUGCUGUCAGUGACACCGAGUUCUACGUCACAAAUGACCACUUCUUCCUCGCCCGGAACAUUAUUGCACUCGCCAAGCUGGAGACUUAUCUCGCGCUUCCAGGGGCCAAUGUUGUGCAUGUCAAGAUACAGUCAAACGGAAGCACGGUGACCCGAAGUCUUGCCAGAUUGCCGUUCGCAAAUGGCAUCGCUUUCUUGAACGAGACCACGCUCGCAGUCGCCAGCUCUGUGUCAGCUGCUGUGUUUCUUUACAACAUUGAACAAAAGGAAGCCGGCCCUGCUUUGACCGUGGCUUCCAAGAUUCCAGUGACCUUCAUCCCCGACAACGUCAGUGUUGACAGCAAAGGAAAGCUGCUGAUCGCAGGCCACCCGCACGCCCCGAGUCUGGAAAAGGCCUCAAAGAACAAUCGGUUCUGCCAACAUGCCGGUGCCGAGAACGACGAGAGAUGCAAGUUCCCGAAAUUGAGCUGGGUCGCGGAGUGGAGCGAAGAAGAAGGGCUGAGCGACAUAUACGUAGGUUCCGACUUUGGCACUUCUUCCACGGCCGUCAGAGAUGCUUCUCGCGGUCUGGGUUUCAUCUCUGGGCUGUACGAACGUGGAAUUCUGUCGUGGAAGGAGUAG